CCCUCCCCCUCCACCGUGCGCUCAGCGGUGUCUGCUUACUGCUCUUUCCCAUCUUCUCCGCUUCCCGUUCUGAGUUUUCCGAUGGAGGAUUCGCGCGACCGCAAGAGGCGCCGCGACGAGGCGGAAGAGCAGGAGUCGCCGGAGGCCAAGCGCCUCCGAGACGAUCUCUUCCUCGACAUCCUCGACGAUGACGCUGAAGCCGGAGACCAGGACAUCGCCUCCGUCAUGAAGAGCCUCGAGGAGGAGAUCGCUCUCUCCUCCCCGCCGCCGCCGCCGCCCACCCGGGCAUUGGUGAAGACCGACCAGCCGGAUCUGGGAUUCCUCCUCGAAGCCUCCGAUGACGAGCUCGGACUGCCUCCGCCGGUGCAGUCCUCGUCGGACGAUGGUGGUGAGGCUCCUGCGGCUGACGACCCCGCCGCGGAAGGAGUCGCGGUGGAGGGGGUCGUGUUCGGACAGAUCUGGGGGUUGGACGACGAUAUCACCGGCUACUACGACGGGUUCGACUUGGGGAUUGGGCCGGAUGAUAGGGUGGAUACGACGGAUGCGGCCGAGGAUGGGGUGUUCUACGACGGAGGGCUGUUCGACUAUGCCGACGUGCUCUGUGCGCCGCCCGAUUUUCUGGAUCUUUCGUGGGCGCCCACCGUCUGAUGUAAAAUGGACGCUUCUACUUUUUUUUGUUCUUUUAUAAAAUGUUUAGGAUGUAAAUUUUAGACAGAGAAACAAAAAAGAGACGUUAGAGAGA